AUGGCGAGAGCCUCACCUUACGACGUUGACUACGACGUUGACUACGACGUUGACUUCUGGCUGAUACACAUAACCGACGAGGGCUGCGAUUUCAUAAUCCGAAACAACAAUGGGCGGCUCUUCUACCUCCACUUCGACCCGUCUCGAUUCUGUUAG